GGCUAUCGAGGCGAGGCCGGAAGUGACGCAGGCGAUAUCGCUUCCUGUUAUCUCGCGGAGGAGUUGAUUUUGUCGGGCGCUGGCUGCAGUAUAUUUUUCCUCAUAGACGCUGAAGGGAGAGCAAAGGAGAUAGAGCCGGUGCUAGCGAGGGAGAAUUGUACUGGGUUACUGUAGCCCAUUCGCGGCCUGGCUCAUCCUCACAGCUUUCUUUAUCUGUUUUUGCGCCCGGGGCUGCCGGGAGAUUCGCUGCCAUGCAGGCCAUUAAAUGUGUGGUGGUGGGAGACGGGGCUGUAGGUAAAACAUGCUUGCUGAUCAGUUACACUACCAAUGCUUUUCCUGGGGAAUACAUCCCAACUGUAUUCGACAACUAUUCCGCCAAUGUUAUGGUGGAUGGAAAGCCAGUUAAUUUGGGCUUGUGGGAUACAGCUGGACAGGAGGACUACGACAGAUUGCGUCCGUUGUCUUACCCUCAAACGGCCCUUAGCCCGAGCCCCAAAGCCUCCAAUGUUUCGGAUGUAUUCUUAAUUUGCUUUUCACUGGUCAGCCCAGCGUCAUUUGAAAAUGUUCGUGCUAAGUGGUACCCAGAAGUGCGACACCAUUGUCCCAACACUCCCAUUAUCCUUGUGGGCACCAAACUGGAUCUGAGAGAUGAUAAAGACACUAUUGAGAAGUUGAAAGAAAAGAAACUCACACCAAUCACCUACCCUCAGGGACUUGCCAUGGCAAAAGAGAUUGGUGCUGUAAAAUACUUGGAAUGCUCUGCCCUUACACAGCGAGGGCUGAAGACUGUGUUUGACGAAGCAAUCCGAGCAGUCCUGUGCCCACCUCCCGUUAAGAAGCGAAGGAGAAAAUGUCUGCUCUUGUAAAAACUCCCACAUGCCAUCUUCUAUCCCUCUCAAGUCUGUAGGCUCAGAUGGGAUCAGUGACUCAAAUGCCAAUUCCCCUCCCUAUUUGUGAUAAUUCAUUUAUUGCCUAUAAAUAUAAUCUUGAAUUUCAGCCAUUUUCCCCUAGUUCCUAUUAGUGGCAUACAUUUCCCCAAGUCCCUUUAAAUCCUGAAUAGAUGCUCCGUACUCUAGGCCUUAUUCACAGUAAAUUAUCUUCUUUUUUUUUUUUUCUGCUGUAACUAAUCAAUUGUUGCCAAAUGUUUAAUCAACUCAUUAAUACUUAUAACAUGAGCCAUCAA